UCAACACUCCAAUCUGGAUAUAUGACGACCAAGAAUGAUUUUCGGAGCGGUUCAUAAUGGAAUUCCGAGCCGCUUCACGACCUGGCGAUUCUCUUCACGAGAAAAAUACACCUGCUCUGAUCUCCCCGUUCGCAUCACCGCCUAAUGCCUGGAGAAGGUCGGGCCCGGUCGAGCGUGUUGCCCCCAACAAACAUACCCAUCUGAAUUCGACCCCAUAUCCUGGCGAUACCGUGGUCAACGUUCAUCAAGAAGCAAAACAACUUCAAUUUCACGCGACUUUACCUCGGCAAGAACCAGGUGCUCCACUUGCACAGGUGCUGAACAAUGGAGAACCAACGCUUCACGUUCCACAGGAUGCGUCUGCUACUCUGACGUCCUUGACUACGCCUUUCAACGGAAGACUCCGUGAUCUGUUACUGAACUCGCCGGAGGUUCUGCACGAUGAACGAAAACCCCAAGAUCACCAUAUCCAGCCUUCUUUAGUUGUAUACGAAAACUCGUUGAUAAAACUGCCCGAGUUGCCUCAGCUACCUAGGAAGGCAACGAGAAGAGCCAGAAUACCACCACUAUUGCAAGGUCUCCACCAACCGCCCCCGCUUCCGCCUGAAGGCAAGCUGUUUCCUCCCAUUAUUGGCGAAAGCAACAGGUUUCGAAAAGAUGUUGGAGUGAAGGUGGGCUCGGAGAAUCGACCGACGGAAAGAGCUAGUAAACAAGAUGAGACGGAAACUGCUAGUAGAGCGCACAGGGCUGAUACGUGUCAGCAACAUCAAGAGGAAAAAGAUGCGAGGACGACCAAAGCAGUACCUUUCGUACAAAUCUCAGACACCGGGCAAGGCCAGACGCUCGAACUACCCUCAAGCGAUACGGCCGUUCAUAGCAACAUAGCCCGACGGGGCCGGAAGCGGAAUCCGUGGUCCGAACAGGAGACCAAAGAUCUGCUUAUUGGAGUCAGCAAAUUCGGUAUUGGCAACUGGAAAAAGAUUUUGCAUUUUCCAGACUUUGUGUUCCAUCGACGGACUGCCGUAGACUUGAAAGACCGGUUCCGUGUGUGUUGUCCUGGUGAAGGCCUGAGACUCAGAAAGACAAGAUCAAAAAAGCAUUCCCGGGAGGAGGUUUCUACGGUCUCUGUCGACAAAACAACUAUGCUCGGCAGUUCCAAUAUUCUCAACCACGACGAUGUUGGCGUGAAGCAUACAAUGGAGCAGGAGACUAUCGGCAAACAACGAAAACACAAGCAUGUAAUGGAAUCAACAAGUUUAGCCUUGAUCGGUAUCCAAAGACCGUUCGUCAGAAACAAGCGUCGGAAACGACAUGAGUUCACCGCUCAAGACGACACGAACCUACUGAAAGGGUUCGAAAGAUACGGCGCAACGUGGCAUUCGAUGCGCGACGACAACGAGCUGGGAUUCAGCGCACGCCAUCCAACAGACCUGCGUGAUCGAUUCCGUAUAAGAUACCCGGAAAUGUAUGCUCGGGCCGGUUACAAGCUGAAGCCGAAAGACGAGCAAAAGAUGAGAGAGCGAGAAAAACUGAUGGAAGCACGGCCAGGUUUAACACAUCCACAGCCACCCACAAACCAAGGGCCGACCGCAGGUAUUAGCGGGCAACCUCAGGAUAACUCGCGAGAGUUACUGAACUUGAAUACCCAUUUAGACACCAGGUCUUUCAUCCUCACGUCUACGAACAAGUCUCAUGCACCGGUCCCGUCUAUCUUCGCUCCACCAUCCGCUCCCCUAGAGGAGGCUACGUAUCUCUUCUCCGAAGGAGACGACGACGAAAGUCAGAUCGUACUAAACAGGAACAUCCUACAAUGGGCCGACGCAAAGUCCUCCUCUUCCCUCGCAACCUCUUCAAUGUUGGCGAACACCCAGAGACCAGGCCACAGCGCGGGAGACCUGCCCUUCCACUUCUUCACAGCUAAUGACGGAACGCAGCUCAAUCUCUCGUCAGUUACACCCCGAUUCCAACCAACAGCCCCAGCUAGUAGCAAUCCGCCGGCAUAUCCUUUCCUGCCAAGUUUUACUCCGUACAACCCCAUGCGACCAGUGCACCAGCAUUCAGACUCAACUCCUGUGCAAGCCUGGCCUCACGCUUCCGACGAAUGAAUGUGAAUAACUUCAGAGCAUCGUUUGUUUAGCAAUGUGUCACUUCGUGAUGGCAGUUUUCUUUACGAAAAGCUUAAUGGGCUUUACGCGCACGGUAAUGAGACCCGAUGAUACAAUAUGGGUACUGGACGAUGCGGAUGCUCCAUUCAUAUUCCGGAAAGAGGACCAGCAUUAUGUUUUGGUCAGCGGAUGCUACUUGCGUAGAGCCGCGCAACGACCUUAUGUGUUUGCUGUGGACGAGAGGCCCAACAUUGGCCGAUGGUUACAGAGAUCAUCGACAUUUGGUGAUUUCGCUGGAGUGUUCACUUCGGAGAUCAGAGCAGGCUCUUGGUGUCAAGAUUCGAGUGAUGAUCUAUCAAAAUGGUUCUGCUGUUACUUGUUAUGGUAGAAAUAAUUUAUAAGCUUUGACACAACUGCACUUUACCCAUAUUCUACU